UUUUUUUUUUUUUUUUUUUUCUUUUUUCUGAAUUUUGCUAUAUAAUGCUGCCUCAAUUUGGUUAUAUUGUAGCACAGGCUGGUGCAGAUUCAUAUCCAAAUAAUAAUCCACCAUCCUACUAUUAUCCUCAACGAUUGCCUCCUCCUAUUCUAGCUGACAAAAGAGAUGAACAACAGCAGCAACAGCAACAACAACAACAACAGCAGCAGCAGCAGCAACAACAACAGCAGCAGCAACAACAACAGGGAUAUAGACCACUUCAACCAUUAUUAUUACCAUCAUCAAGAAUAAAUGACACACAACCACCACUUCCACAUAUGAUUUGGCAUUCUGAACAACAACCAUUGCCUCCUAUUAACCACCAGCCACCAGAUGAUCAUAAAGUAACAACGACACCAGCAGUAGUAGCAGUACAACAACCAACAAUAAUAGAAAAAGAUCAGAUAACAGACGAUCAAACUUCACCUUGGCAUGGUAAUUUAUAUAUAUACAUAUAUAUCCACGCCACACACGAAUAUUAACAAUACUAUAUAGAUUUUAAAACCAACAAUAAUAAUAAUAAUAAUAAAGUUGUUCUUGUACGCCGAAUACGAGAAUCGAACGACCUCAUUAGUCUCAUGGAUACUGAAUUCUGGGAACAAUGCGACGAGUAAAGAAAAAAAUAAUAAAUAUUUAUAUAUUAGCCAAAUUAUAGUACUUACCUCUAAUUCUUUAUUUCUCUCUCUUUUUCUUUUUUUUUCUUUUUUUUUCUUUUUUUUGUUAUCAU